AUGCCUUCCCAGAGUCUGCAGCCAGAGCGGCGCACCAGUCGCUUCCUCACAUCGUGCCCGGGAGCAGAUCCCGCCGUGUUCCGGCUGACGGACCACGCUGUCGACAACGUGGAGUAUGCCACUAUGCAGCUCCUGGUGGAGCAGCGGACCGAGUUGCCGGCUCGCGACACGGAGGCCGGUGGGAGUGACGGCAGAGCCAGCGCCAACGUGCACCCACAACACCAGGAGGAGAGCCACAACGGGGAGUCGGCAGAGGUCAUCGACUGGCCCGAUGUUGCACAUUUCACCCACCUAACCAGCACCAUUCCGCUGGCUAUGGACACCAUGCCGACAGGGCUGGCGCUCCCGCAGCAGGCACGCAUCGCCACCGCCGAGGAGCGUCGCGUGCGUCUUUUGUUUCACAGUCGGCCACACAUCCGGCUGACAAAGCGCCCCCAGGUUGUGGCGAACGCGGUGCUUGACCGACCAAGGUGGGCACAGCCGCUGUGCUAUCCUCCUCUCUGCAUACCGUGCCUGCACAACGCUUUUUACUCGGUGCCGCUAAGCACGGUGAUGCGGGCCUCAUGGGAGCCGGCCUUCUCGUCAUGGCAGCCAAGCCUUGCGUUCUCGGAUUCCGAGAGGCCGAUACUGCCCAGAAGAGAGCAGCCGUCAGGCAACCUCAGCGGGGCUGUCAACGUAGGGUCGCGCGCAUGGGCUACUCCUGUCACGGCGGUCAUGCCGACUACCGCUGCCUUUUAUCACGUGCCCAUCACAGCGCCGCUGCUAGCGCAAUCGACCAUGCCCGAUCGCCGUGCUGGUGGUGAGCUCCUUCUUCACCCCGAGCCAGGCACGUCGUUGUCGAAUCCGCUGAGCCACAUCCACACCCACACUGUGGCAAGCUUGCAAGAGGCGCGGCUCAGCGCCCACAAUGAGACGACCGGUUUUCUGGCGCGGCUUUCCCACAAGUGUAGGCAUUUUGUGUACCGAUGCUUCUGCGUACGGUGCGCCAUUGCUUCUCAGGCGCAGGCGCUGCAGGCGGAUGCCGAGAUGCGCGGUGUCAAGGCAGUGCCGUUUCCAUGUUGCACCUGCCUAGGGGUGGAGUCCAAGUCGCGCUCUGAACUCCUGACCACGCUGUGUCUCCUCGACCUCUUCACACUUGGUGUCCCCUUUGGCUGUUGCUGCUAUCAUGGCCUUGGCUCCGCUUUGUACGGGUGGCACCUACGCUACAUGCUGCGUGCGCGGUAUCGCAUUUUCGCGUGGACGUCGAUGGACCUACUCAUAGUAUGUUGUAUCCCUGGUCUUGCGCUGGAUCAGCAGGGGGCGGAGCUGCUGCUGAACGGCACCCCAGAGUCUACCGUAGGGCUGCAGUUUAUGGCGUAG